AUUACAGGUAGAUGAAUGUAGGAUGGCUAAUACUCGUGAUACAUUGCAUUCAUAGUUACCUUGUUACUUCUUCUGAAUCAGGUGGAAGCCAUCCAUUUGAUGACGAGGAUUACGAUGCUCUGGAAAAAAGAGGAAUUGUGGUAAAGCCAGAUGUUCUUCGUUAUCGUGGAAACAUCUUGCUACCGAUAUCAAAGAGGUGGGGUGAUCAGACAACUCAAGUAAAAACUUUACCAACAGAUUGGUUCACUGAGGGUGAAAGUACGGUGAAGACAACAGAAACUGUCACCUCUACUCCUGAACCCACUACAGUUCUCACAACUACACCCACUACCGAGCCCCCUCCUCCACCAGUCUUAUUCGAGUGGUCAGAUUGGAGCGUGUGGGAGAACUGUACAGCUAGUUGCGGUAACGCAGUGAGGACCAGACUCAGACUCUGCCUCUCUACAGAAGCUAACACGGAGCUAUUGGACAGUACUAUUGUAGAUGACUCGCUUUGUAACGGUGGAAAAGGUUCUAUUGAUGCAGAGGAUUGUGUUUUACCUGAGUGUCCAGCCUCAGUGAACUGUCCGCCUGGGAGAUGGUUGUGUCCGAGCAGCGAGCGAUGUAUUCUAGAAGCUUGGGUUUGUGACGGUGUUAACGAUUGUGGUGACGGUGCAGAUGAAGAUGGUUCUGUCUGUGGACAAUACACUGGGUCAGAUAGUCCAUCAACACCUAAUCUAGAAACUACGGAGAAACCCACCACAGAACGGGAAAUGACGGAGAAACCGACAACAGAACGGGAAACUACUGAGAAACCCACCACAGAACGGGAAAUGACGGAGAAACCGACAACAGAACGGAAAACUACGAAAAAAAUUACCACAGAACGGAAAACAACGGAGAAACUGACAACAGAACGGGAAACUACGAAGAAACCCACCACAGAACGGGAAACUACGGAGAAACUGACCACAGAAAGGGAAACUACGGAGAAAGCGACAACAGAACGGGAAACUACGAAGAAACCCACAACAGAACGGGAAACUACAGAGAAACCCACCACCAAACGGGAAACUACGGAGAAACCCACCACAGAGCAGGAAACUACAGAGAAACCCACCAUAGAACGGGAAACAACGGAGAAACCCACCACAGAACGGGAAACUACGGAGAAACCCACCACAAAACAGGAAACUACGAAGAAACCCACCACAGAACAGGAAACUACGAAGAAAUCCAUCACAGAACGGAAAACUACGCAGAAACCGACAACAGAACAGGAAACUACGGAGAAACUAGCUAGUGAUGAGUUCUCAACAAAUAAUGGGGUGGAGGUUAUGACGACUUCUGACUCGGCAGUAAGGACAUUUGCCUCAGAAAAGUCAACUUCUGGAUUCCCGAAAGAAGAUAAAACUUCGAGUGAACGUCCGACUUCAUCUUCUGGAUUCCCGACAGAAGAUAAAACUUCGAGUGAACGUCUGACUUCAACAGAAAGGCCGUUUACAGAACAAACAACAGGUGUAAAACUUUCGACAGAAAGGCCGUCAACAGGAAGGCCGUCGACAGAAAAAACUUCCACUGAAAAACCAACAUCAGCUCGAACUACCUCAUCUGAGGACUCAACAUCAAUCGAACGAGGGGCAAUUUCUGAAUACUCCUCCACGGGGAGGUCAACAGAAUACAUACCAACUGAACUUCCUAUCUGAAGAUGAACCCUCCACUGAACAGCAAACAGACAGUAAUCAAGUUGGGGACGUCAGCUCAACUGUCGCCUUCAAGGACCCGUCUACAACACCGCGACCAACUACAGAGAGGACAUCUCGUCUAACUGAAGAUGUAUCAACUCAGCGUUCAACUGAAGAUGUAUCAACUCAGCAUUCAACUGAAGAGGUAUCAACUCAGCGUUCAACUGAAGAUGUAUCAACUCAGCGUUCAACUGAAGAUGUAUCAACUCAGCGUUCAACUGAAGAGGUAUCAACUCCUCGUUCAACUGAAGAUGUAUCAACUCAGCGUUCAACUGAAGAUGUAUCAACUCAGCGUUCUACUGAAGAUGUAUCAACGCAGCGUUCAACUGAACGGGAAACUACGGAGAAACCCACCACAGAACAGGAAACUACGGAGAAACCCGCCACAGUACGGGAAACUACUGAGAAACCCACCAUAAAACGGGAAACUACGGAGAAACCGACAACAGAACGGGAAACUACGGAGAAACCGACAACAGAACGGGAAACUACUGAGACACCCACCACAGAACGGGAAACUACAGAGAAACCCACCACAGAACGGAAAACUACGGAGAAACCCACCACAGAACGGGAAACUACGGAGAAACCCACCAUAAAACGGGAAACUACGGAGAAACCCACCCCAGAACAAGAAAAUGAAGAUGUAUCAACUGGGCGUUCAACUGAAGAUGUAUCAAUUCAGCGUUCAACUGAAGAAAAAAUAACUCAACGUUCAACUGAAGAUGCAUCAACUCAACGUUCAACAGAAGAUGUAUCAACUCAGCGUUCAACUGAAGAAAAAAUAACUCAACAUUCAACUGAAAAUGUAUCAACUCAACGUUCCACUGAAGAUGUAUCAACUCAGCGUUCAACUGGAGAUGUAUCAACUCAGCGUUCAACUGAAGAUUUAUCAACUCAGCGUUCAACUGAAGAUGUAUCAACUGAAAAGCCCUUAACUGAAAGGCAAUCAACUGAAAGGCAAUCAACUGAAAGGCAGUCAACUGAAAAGCAGUCAACUGAAAGGCCCUCAACCGAAAGGCAGUCAACUGAAAAGCCCUCAACUGAGAGGCUAUCAACUGAAAGGCAGUCAACUGAAAGGCCCUCAACCGAAAGGCAGUCAACUGAAAAGCCCUCAACUGAAAGGCAGUCAACUGAAAGGCCAUCAACUGAAAAGCAGUCAACUGAAAGGCCCUCAACCGAAAGGCAGUCAACUGAAAAGCCCUCAACUGAGAGGCUAUCAACUGAAAGGCAGUCAACUGAAAGGCUCUCAACUGAAAAGCAGUCAACUGAAAGGCCCUCAACCGAAAGGCAGUCAACUGGAAGGCCCUCAACCGAAAGGCAGUCAACUGAAAGGCAGUCAACUGAAAAACAGUCAACUGAAAGGCCCUCAACCGAAAGGCAGUCGACUGAAAGGCCCUCAACUGAAAGGCAAUCAACUGAAAGGCAGUCAACUGAAAGGCAGUCGACUGAAAGGCCCUCAACUGAAAGGCAAUCAACCGAAAGACAGUCAACUGAAAAGAUCUCGACUGAAAGGCAGUCAACUGAAAGGCCAUCAACUGAAAAGCAGUCAACUGAAAGGCCCUCAACCGAAAGGCAGUCAACUGAAAAGCCCUCAACUGAGAGGCUAUCAACUGAAAGGCAGUCAACUGAAAGGCUCUCAACUGAAAAGCAGUCAACUGAAAGGCCCUCAACCGAAAGGCAGUCAACUGGAAGGCCCUCAACCGAAAGGCAGUCAACUGAAAGGCAGUCAACUGAAAAGCAGUCAACUGAAAGGCCCUCAACCGAAAGGCAGUCGACUGAAAGGCCCUCAACUGAAAGGCAAUCAACUAAAAGGCAGUCAACUGAAAGGCCCUCAACUGAAAAGCAGUCAACUGAAAGGCCCUCAACCGAAAGGCAGUCGACUGAAAGGCCCUCAACUGAAAGGCAGUCAACUGAAAGGUCUUCAACUGAAAGGCUCUCGACUGAAAGGCUCUCAACUGAAAAGCAGUCAACUGAAAGGCCCUCAACCGAAAGGCAGUCGACUGAAAGGCCCUCAACUGAAAGGCCCUCAACUGAAAAGCAGUCAACUGAAAGGCCCUCAACUGAAAGGCAAUCAACUAAAAGGCAGUCAACUGAAAGGCCUUCAACUGAAAGGCAAUCAACUGAAAGGCAGUCAACUGAAAGGCAGUCAACUGAAAGGUCUUCAACUGAAAGGCUCUCGACUGAAAGGCUCUCAACUGAAAGGCAGUCAACUGAAAGGCAGUCAACUGAAAGGCAGUCAACUGAAAGGCAAUCAACUGAAAGGCAGUCAACUGAAAGGCCCUCAACUGAAAGGCAGUUAACUGAAAAGCCCUCAACUGAAAAGCAGUCAACUGAAAGGCAGUCAACUGAGAUGCCCUCAACUGAAAGGCUCUCAACUGAAAUGCCCUCAACUGAAAGGCAGUCAACUGAAAGGCCCUCAACUGAAAGGCCCUCAACUGAAAGGCCCUCAACUGAAAGGCCCUCAACUGAAAGGCCCUCAACUGAUAAAACCCAGUUUACCAGUGAAACUGAAAAGACCACUAAACUACCAGCAGAUGAUACUUCAACAUCAGAAUUUGUAAUCGGAGAUGAAGUAACCACAGCUUCUAUUGAAGAUGUUUCAACACCUUCUAUCCCUGAAGAUCCAACGACACCUUCUGUCCCUGUAGUUCCAACGACUCCUCCAGCCCCUGAAGAUCCAACAAGUCUUACCGCCGCUGAAACUACAGAGGGUAACAAAGUAGAGGAUCCUACCACCCCCGGUUUUAGGAUCCCCACUUCAUCCUCCCUGUCAUCAACCCCCACAGCCGCUCUAAACCCAGAUGACUUGAAGGAAACCAAAACGUUUGAUUUCUCCUUGAAGGCAGAGGUAACCUCGACCCCAGGAGUUUCAACCAGUAAAACGGAGUUUCACAGUUCAGAGUUCCUCAUAGCUGGCUGGAGUGGGUGGACAGAGUGUUCUGUGCUCUGUGGAGGAGGAGUGCAGGAGCGUACCAAGGCGUGUAUAGGACGGUUCUGCAACGAUAACACUCUGUUACGAGAGGAGAGGAUAUGUAACACCCGACCAUGCCCUGAUGCAGACUGUCCUGGUGAAAAUAUGUUCAGAUGUGGUGACGCCACAGCCAGGUGUAUAAGUCACGAGUUUGUUUGCGACGGUUACGUGGAUUGCUUUGAUCUGUCAGAUGAGCUGGGGUGUAUCUCUAGAAACGACAUUUCUGUCUACCCGCAACUGCAGGUAACAAAGGAAGAAUCCUCGGCCUCCUUCUCAGUAAUCUUUACGACGAUACGAAAGAGCGUGUCUCGCAGAUAUUGUGGAGUGUCCAUGAGGAUGCAGGUUUGGUUCCGAUAACUAAAUCCC